AUGGACAGUGAGUUCCCUCCGGGGCACUCAAUCGAAGAGGCAGUGGAGCUGCUUCGUGUCGCAGCCUUCCGUUUUCAUUGUCUUGAGACUCGCUUAGAGACAUUGGAAAAUUUUGUGUCGGAGUUCCGCUCCGUCCAGGAAAGGAUCAACACUAUUGCACUUCGUUUAGAUUCUCUUGAGCGCGAUCUGGCUGUGGUUCAACAGGCUUUCACCAGCCCUCAGGGUGUCAGCCUGCGAGCUGAACUUGAGGGCAUCUCCUUGUCGUUGUCUUCAGUCAUUGAGGUUGUGAAUCGGCUUGAGCCUGAGACAACUCGCAUCUUGCAUUGGAGAGAGCGCUUUACAGGAUCGCUUCAGGAAGAGCUGUCUCGCAUAGGCAACAUGCUUAGCGGUCAGAGCGCUUCUUCGGCGGCGAGCAGUGUGCCCGUGGUUGCGGACACAGGCACCGUGACGCCAGGUGACAGCAGUACUUUUGUGCCUCCUACCGCUCCGGUCUCAGCAGGGCAUCAGAUUUGCUUACGUCUUCUCCUGAGAAAUCUGCUUCAGCUGCAAGCUGGGAACUCAUUGCCCCAGGUGGUCAUCUGCCCGCUUCUGCGGGAUUCACCUGUUGUGCCGCUGGAGCCAGUCCCAUUGCUUUUGCAGGCUACUUCUCAACAGGUUCGUCCGGGCCUCACCUUGCAACAGUCUUUGCAUCAGGAGCAGUUCGCUCGUGUCUUGCUGAUUUGGGUGUUGGUGCGGCCCCUGGUGCUUUCCUUCUCGCCCAUCCUGCAAGAUCUUGCUUCGAGUGUUAAUGCCCCGGAGCUGGAGCUGGGCUUGCUCCGCACGGUGACCGAGACGACAGCCUUACGGUACUUGCAGGUGGUACAUAAGUUUCUUCAGCAGCUGCACACUCUCUGGCAGCUCACCUGGGAUACGGCAUCGCAGUCUGCUGUUGUUGAUUGCAUCCUGUCUUUGCGCAGGGAUCAUCAGGAUUGUCACCGCAUCAACUGUGUCAAGGCCUUACGCUGGAUUACAAAGCUGCUUCGUCUGCAGGUGGAUAAUCUUUAUGACGGCCUUUUCCGUCCGCUGGUUGCUGUAUCGAUACACGAUCCGUUCGAUACCAUACGUGGCGACGACUCUUGUUAUAGCGACGUCCGCUGUAUAGUGAACUCGUAA